GUGCAAUAGAUGAUUACAUGUAGACGUGUACGCCUCUAUCAAGACUCGGCAUAAAAGAUCAUCAUCGACAGAGGCAUCUGUUUAUGCUAGACCGUCGCAGCACGGAGUCGAGGUCCAACAACAGUUGUCUGGAGUGGACCCUACAAGUUCAAGGACUUCAUGCGGUCGAGCUUCUCCGUGUACUUAAUCCAUCAAAGCGACACAGGCAGAAGAGUGCACUCCAUGUAAAUCAUGUCGUCUGAUCCAGCUCCAGAAAGCCGGGACCGGUCAAAAAGUCUCCGAGAUGCCAUCGAGCACUUGGAAUCAGUCGCUUAUCUGCCUCCGAAGCAAAGACAUACAAGUGUCUCAGAGCUAGCCAAGACAAUUGCUUCGGACGCGUAUGAGAGCGGGAUCCCGUUGGAUAGCCUUGACCGUCUCAUUGACGUUAUCACAAAGCCCAAUCAUUUAGACCAAGGGACUACUACUACUCUCCUGAAGAACCUGUACCCUGUGGACAAGGUACCGUCCGAUGUUAUCACAAGAAUUGUGGGCUGCCUCGGACCAAGCAAGGGGAAGCCCUCUCCAGCUACACAAGCUUUGCUCCUGAGAUGGCUGAUCCUUAUCUACGAUGUUGUCGAAGAACCGCUUCAUUUGUCCAGGCUGUAUGCUGUACUUUUCAACCAUCUGGAUAUGAUCAGUCUGAGGCGGCCACUCUGUCAGCUGCUGUCCAUGAUAACAAGAAGAAAGCAUGUCAAGCCAUUCCGGAUACAAAUGCUUAUGGAAUUACUAAGAAAUGUCGGAGAUGAUGAAAGGGAACUAAUGGGUCUACUGAGAAUCUUCAAGAACUACUAUCCGGAUAUUAUCGUUGGAGACGUCGGAGGGUCAAGGAGAACAACGUUCUUUUUCAAGCACCCGGAUCCUGAAUUUACCGCCCAUCUUAAAGUUAUCCAGGAAGCACAUCUAGAGAGGCUGAGGAUGUCUGGGUCGUCGACGUUCCAGAUUGUUCGUCGAGGAGGUGUGAAAAGAAGCAAGGUCGAAGCUGUUAUCCCGGAUGUUCAGACGACACGAGUGCAGAGAAACCAUACGUCUUUGGAAGAGUUACGCAGUGUGAACGACUUUAUAGAGAGGCUCGAUAAGAUUGAACUACCUAACCAAAUAGUUUCUUCUCUGGCAGAUCCUCUAGCGCAAAAGUAUCUCCUUCUCACCAAAUCGGAAGAUGCGAGUCGUCGAUUGGAGGAUUGGCUGGAAAGUUUCUUGAAUGAUGAACUCGAGAAAAUUCUCCAUGGCGACGAGGCAGAUCCUGAAGCACUGAACUAUGUGCUGGGCGCGACUGUGGGAUAUGUCCGAACGACAAAGACUAUUCCAUCCGCAAUCCGUUCCUUCAUCAGAAAAUACAUCGACUUAUGGAAUGGAACGGAUAACCGAACUGAAAUCCUGAGAAUUCUCGAAUAUUUAGAUAUCGCCCAUUUUGAGAAACUGCAAGAAGACAUCCUUCGUCCUCUUGAGGAUGCGGUGCUAGAUUAUACCGUCUCCUCGAAAGUCACUAUCCUUAAUUUCUAUUCUUCGCUCAUUCGUCAAUGGGGUUCAUCUCUCAGAACGCAGAAGUCUGUCUCAAACCGACCAGAGACGUCUCCUUUGACAGGGCUGAUAACGCACACGGAGUUGCUGGCAUUGUCCAUCCUAGAACAUCCAUCUGGGUUCGAGAAGGAUGCCAGCAGGCCGAAAUCAGCAACCUUAGCCGUCGUCGACUUCUAUAAUACUCUGGCAAAGGUCUUCUCUCACGCCCCUCUAAACGGCAAUAUUCGCCUCACGAUUCCUCUUCCGCCGACCGUCUACAGUCUCACCUUUACGCCCACAAUUACGCACAUUUCCCUCUUAAGCUCCGCCCUAGCGGACUACAAGGCUGCGUUUGAAGCCUCGCUAAGUUCACAGGAGCUCCAGUCCCAAGUACCCUCGGGAGUACUAUAUCCGCCAGAAGAGCUAGGCAGGUUUAAUGGCUACAUUAUGGAUAUCUGUAAUCUGAUAUGGAGAAACCGAGGCCUUAACACAGAAGACCCAAAUGCUCUCGGUUGCUUGAUCCACCCUGCCACAGUAAAGGCCUUGACAGAGUAUGUUCAUGACUUGAAUGAGGCAGGACGCACCAGAGCACGUGAGGACGCCUUUCACUAUACCACCCCUGCGAUGUUUUCUCUGAGUCAUCACAUUGCCUUGUGCCUUAUGUCCGCUAUCUGUUUUGCGGAGCUUGAAGAGGAAAAGGAGGUGGCAGAGGACCAGCCCAGGUUGGAAAAACCGGUCACCCAGAAAGCUUUGACAGCACUGGAGAAGAAUGGAGGAGUAAAGAUCACAUGGCAAGAAUAUCGGAUUCAGAUGUUGGACUGGUUGGAUGGGGUUGGGAGCGAAGGAAUCGCAAAGUUAAUGAGACGCACUAUGAAAGCCUUGAGAAACGAGGGAUGAUAGCCGAUGUGUAUGGUUUUGCGCUUAUGACUUUCAUCCAUACAACUCUUGCAGGCGAAUCACAGCUACUGGAUAACGCGAGAGGCGUUAGAGUGCGGAAUAUUAGCAUACCAGAGAUUAUUCUUUCAGAAAGCUGCUCCUUGCAGUCAAAAUUCACGAGAAAGGCGCAGGUUGGCUAAUUCUGUUCUCUAUUCGUAUAUCAU